AUGUUUAAAUGCGAACAGUGUCUUUCGGUUUUCACACGUAGAGAUAGUUUGGUCAGACAUGGAAAAACUCAUACCGGUAUUCAUUUUCCAUGUACUAUAUGUCAGUCAUCAUUCACAUACAAGACCAGUCUCACCAAACAUUUGAAAAAUGUUCAUGGUUUUUUCCAAGGCAUCGUUCAGGCUCAUCGUCAGCCUGCACCGGUUGUUGCUCAACCCACUCGACAGGGCGACAUACAGAUUGCCCCACAAAUUUUCGUCCCCGAUAUCCCGGCUGGUGGCUCGAACAUGCUAUCCGAGGACGAGAUUUGCAUGGCAGCUAUGGACGAAUUUGAAAAAGUUCAAGACGAUAAUACAGACUCUUAUACAACUACGAGCGUAAACGGUAAACGAGUUUCCACCGCCAACACCACUUCGACUGCUACAGCGAAAAAAGCACGCAUGGAUAUGGUGAAGUCCCCCGGGUUAGUUGAAAUUUCAUCGUCAGCGGGUCGAAAAAUCAUCUGGUAUUUCACAAAAAAUUUCAAUAAUGUUAAAAAUUAUACCGACUUUCUACGUCCUCUUACACCGGCUCUGUCAGACAUGAUGAAAAAUCACGUACAGCAACAUCCAAUAAAAUUUAGCUUGAAGCUCGAGGCUACUUAUAACCGAUCAAACGUACCCAAUUCGUCCGAAAAUAGGGCGUUUAAAACAUCAGCAGUUGAAGUUUUUUCGGAAAGUAACAUUGCUGAGAUUAUUGAAAGAGCUUAUAUAAAAUUAUUGACCGAGGAAGAAGCUUAUACUAGCAGAGGAAGCGGGUUUACCCUGGAAUCUAUAGAUGGGCUAUUGUUGACCGUGUACAAAUACACACCGAUGGACGGGUCGUCAUACAUACCGCUGCCUGCGUAUAUCGAUAGGAAACGGGGUACAAUAAAUCCUCAGAAUGUAGACCAACAGUGCUUCAAGUGGGCUGUAUUAGCCAAGCAUGUGACAGGGCCGGCGGUAUACCGUAUAGGAGAAAAUUAUAGACAACACGAGGACAAAUACAAUUUCAAUGGUAUAUCGUUCCCAACGCCAUUAUCCGACGUUAAGAAAUUCGAAUAUAAUAACCCGACUGUCUCUGUGAAUGUGUAUGGGUUAGACAAAAAGUUUCAGCCACCGCGUAAAUAUCCGACGUACGAGGUGUACCCGCUACGUGUCGUUGAUGAGGAGAAAGCCAACCACUUUGAUCUGUUGUUGGUAGCAGACGAAAGCGGGUCGCAUUACAUCUACAUCUCGAAUUUUUCACGCCUUAUACGCUCUCAAAAGACUGGACAUAAAGAGACUGUCGUAUUUUGCAAAAGGUGCUUUACCAGCUUUGACAAUCAAAGAUAUAAAUAUAAAUUGAAUGGGCUUGAGGCGUUAACUCAGCAUAAGCUUAUAUGCGGUGCACAUAAGCCAAUAUUACCGGUGAUGCCGAAAGAAGGUGAAUGUCUGCAAUUUGAAGCAUGGAGAAACACUCAGAGACAUCCUAUAGUAAUAUAUGCAGAUUUCGAAACUAUACUGAUGAAGACGGAUGAGAAGAAGGCGGGAAAUACAAAAAUAAUGCACAGACAUGAAGCGAUGAGCUAUGGACUCAUUGUGAAGGCGAGCAAUGACGUACCGAUAGAGCUAUUAGCGAGACAUGAGAUACCAACGGAACCAACAUUAUAUCGAGGAAGUGAGAGUCGACAGGACGUGGCGAGACAUUUUGUCGAAACCGUGUCUGAAAUAGCAUUAAAGAUAGAGAAGUUAUUGAAAACGAAUAUUCCAAUAAAUAUGUCCGCAGACGACAUACAAGUUCAUGAAGCAGCGACGCACUGCAAUCUAUGCAAAAUCGAGUUUACCCCACCUUCAGAGGUACUAUAUCGUAAGACAGCUGACCAUUGCCAUCUCACAGGAAAAUACCGUCAAGCUCUCUGCAAUGUAUGCAACCAAAAACUACAAACACCCGUUUUUGUACCGUGCUACUUCCAUAACUUGUCCAACUAUGACGCGCAUCUGAUAGUCACAGAACUUGGUUAUGACACCCAGACUAUUAGAGUAAUACCAAACACUGAGGAAAAAUACAUAUCAUUCUCUAAAUAUGUGUCAAGUAAAUUCCAAAUCCGUUUCAUAGACACUUUUAGAUUCAUGGCAUCAGGACUAUCAACUCUAGCUAAAAAUCUUGUAACACCAGGUCUGGAGAACUUCAGAGAGACCGCUAAAGUUUUUAAUAAAGUCGAUAUGUCGCUCGUGACUCGGAAGGGAGUGUACCCGUACGAGUACACAGAUAGUUGGAGCAGGUUGGAUGAAGAGAGACUACCGAGGAAGAGGGACUUUUAUAGCACGUUAAACGAGUCGGGAAUAAAGGAAGAGGAAUACACGCAUGCAAAGGAGGUCUGGGACCACUUCGGUUGCAAGACGUUGGGCGAGUACAGUGAUCUGUACUUGAAAAUCGACGUGUUGCUGCUGGCGGACGUCCUUGAAAAUUUUCGCGAUGUGUGCCUUAAGACAUACAACUUGGACGCGGCGUAUUAUUUCACUGCACCAGGAUUAAGUUUUGACGCGAUGUUGAAGUUUACCGGGAAAAAGUUGGAGCUGUUGAGUGAUUACGAUAUGUUAUUAAUGUAUGAGAAUGGUAUUCGUGGUGGAUUAGUGCAGGCAAGCAUGAGACAUGCCAAAGCCAAUAAUAUAAAGACCCCAGACUAUGACGAAACUAAGGAGAAAUCGUGGUUGAUAUACCAGGACUGUAAUAAUCUCUAUGGCUGGGCUAUGUGUCAGUAUAUGCCAUACGGUGACUUCAAUUGGGUUGAAUCCAACUUGAACGGACUGAGUGAGAUGUCACCAACGUCAGACAAAGGGCGAGUCUACGAAAUUGAUGUCUCAUACCCACAACAUUUACAUGAUAAACAUAAUGACCUGCCUUUUCUGCCACAAAACGGUAUACCAUCAGGCUCAAAGGUGAAAAAAUUGAUGUCAACGUUUCAGCAGAAGAAAAAUUAUAUUAUACAUUACCGGAACCUACAGCAGGCAAUUGAAAAUGGGUUAAUAGUUGAAAAAGUGCAUAGAGUUUUAGAAUUUAGCCAGUCUGCAUGGUUGGCGGAUUACAUUAACUUAAACACAGAGAUGAGGAAGAAGGCACAGAACGACUUUGAGAAAGACUUUUUCAAAUUAAUGAAUAAUGCGGUAUUUGGGAAGACUAUGCAAUCGAAAAGAAAGGAAAUGAAGAUGGAGUUGGUGUCGUGUGAGAGACGAUUACAAAAACUUAUUAAUAAGACGACAUUUAAACAUGCUACCAACUAUAACGAAAACCUGAACGCGGUGGCACUAGAAAACAAAAUAAUCAAAUUUGAUAAGCCUAUAUAUAUUGGAUUUGCUGUUCUUGACAUUUCCAAGACGAUGAUGUACGAUUAUCACUACAACGUAAUGCAGAAGCACUAUGGUGAUAAUAUCAAACUUAUGUAUACUGAUACUGAUUCGUUGGUAUACCAUAUUAAAACUGAAGAUUUUUACAAAGACUUGAUUGAGAAUCCCAACUUGAUGGAUAGAUUAGACACGUCAGACUUGCCUCCUAUCCAUCCGUGCUACACUACAGCUAGGAAGAAGGUGCCCGGGUUUUUCUCUGAUGAAGCAAAAGGACAUAUAAUGACAGAGUUUUGUGCACUACGUGCAAAAUCAUACGCGUACAACAUAUAUACAGGAGAAGAGGAUGUGGUGAGAGAGCAGAUCAAGGCGAAGGGUGUAAGACAGCAUGUGGUUAAAAACCAUAUGACGUUGGAGGAUCAUGUUAAGUGUUUGUUCGGAGAUGAAAGUCUUGAUAAAUAUACAGAAAAUGUAUCCAUUCGCUCAUUCAAACACCAGCUAAUUACAAUCAAAACAAAUAAAUUGACAUACAACAACUACGAUGACAAAAGAGUGGUGCUAGACGAUAAAAUACAUACACUGGCUCACGGUCAUUAUAGUUUAGAGGAUGAUAACGAGCAGAUUGUUGAUUGGCCAGAUCAUGAGUUUACUGUAGACGUUGCUGGGCGUGAGUGGGAGGAAUCGGAUAAAGAUUUAAUGAGAUUACUUCUAAGGGAAUGCAUGUCAAAAUAA